GGUGUCCAGUCCAGGCAUCAAUCACUUGACCCGUGCUCACGCCACUAACCUGCCAUUGCAUCCCCUUCCGCAGAUGUUUGUUCACCAGUGCUGGUGUUCACGGUUUUAGCCGCGAGCCCGCGAGCGGGGCCAUCGCUCACAUAGUCACAUGGAAACGGCCGAGCGAAGCUCGUCUCAAACGCCAAAACCACCCGACCGUUCACCGUUACCUGGGCGGUGACCGCGGCGAACAAAGUGAGCCGAGCAGCGCGCCAGAGCGAAGCGAGCAGCACGACCCCGAGCUGCGGAGCUGCCAGUCCAAACCGGCAACCGCACCGCAGUCCAAGCCGCCGUCUCCCACCCGACCCGACCAAACUCCCACCGCGUCCCCUCCUCCUCGCAACCACCUUCGUUUUCCCGAACCAACCAACCCGCCGGCCACUGCGGCGGCUGCCCUGACUCGACGGACCGCGAUGCCGGGGCCGGGGGCGCACCUGCUGUACGCGCUGUCCGGCGGGGCGGCGCUCUCCCGGCUCGCCGGCGGUGGCCGCCGCUUCGGCCCGCACCACUGCGCCGUCUACGCCUUCAACGCCUUCCUCGGCCCGGACCUCGGCGCCUUCGCCGAGUGGCUCGCGUCCUUCCUCCCCUCCACCCCCGCCGCCGCCGCCGCGGGGGACCUCGCCAUGGCCGCCAUCCACCACCCCUUCUACUACCCGCUCCUCCUCGGCCUCCCGCUCGCAUGCCUCUACGCGUGGCUCUCCCGCCGGAUGCUCCGCGCCGGCCUCCUCGACGCGCCUGCCGGGGUAGUAUUAAGCAGAAGACAGUGCUUCUUGCUAAUCGCAGCCGGCUCGCUCUCCCACUUCUUCUUGGAUCACUUGUUUGAGGAAAAUGGCCAUUCUACAAUGUAUACUUGGAUACUGAGGACUGGUUGGUGGAAAGGCCGCGCUCCUAUCAAUCCAGAUGCAGUGUUUGUUGUUGGCCUUCUUUGCGUUUGCCUCAUUGGGGGAUUUGUGUACAUUAACAGAGUGAACCAUGGAAAGUCAGUGACUGAAAAGUCAAAUCAAUCUUUCUUUCUCAUCCUGGUGAUAGCCACCCUGUACUGUAUGUGGUGUGCCAGCCAGAUAUACCUGCGAAAUCCCCCUCAACCCGCCAUAGGUAACCUCCUCAUACUCAACAGACGCUGUACCAACCUCUGCAAUAUAAAGAUGAACAAUUGCAUAGCGUUAGUACCAAUAGAUGACAACAAACCCGAUGAUCACCACCGCGACGAGGCACCCAAGCAGUACUUCAUAUCCUGCAUACUCUCAGAAGGCAAUGAAUUUCAAGGCACGGGUAGAAAGGAAGGGGAAAAGGCAGCCGUUGCCGGCCAAGGGCCAGAACGGAAGAAGCCAAAGCACGGAAAAAUAUUGGAUCAAGGAAUCGGGCCGGGUCCGUACCAGAAUACAGCAUCAACUGAGUUCUCAUGUUACGUCACUGGUUUACAUAAUCUAAUCGAUUUUGUCAUAUUCUUGUGGCGUUUCUUGCUCUGUCAUACCAAGUUAGUUAGUAUCUUCGGCUGUGGAAAAUAUAUCUUGAAUAUUUGGAUUGCUUCUUUGCUAAUGGGUCGUUGCGAUGGCGGAGAUCCGAUAGUGGUUCGGGCAUAGCAGAGCCCCCAUCCUUGGUCCCAACCUGAGAAGCAGACAAAUGUGUCAACUCUAUGCAAAGCGGAAUUAGAUACUAUAUGAGCUAAAACAAUAUUCUACUUUGACGGCUUCAUAUGAGCCAAACUAUAAAACAAUAAGGUUGCGUCCAUCAAAAGAGCAACAACUGGAGCAAGACAUAUGGCGUUGGGGUAUAAUGCUUGGUAAACUACCACGUUCUCCCUGUUCUUUCCAAGUAACUUCUGUCAUUUGCGAUCAGUUUGCUUUUACUACUGGUCAGUCUGUUCUUGUGUUGAUUAAUUCGUUGGGCAUGUAGACGCUAAGAUUAAGAUUAUCUAGUCAAGUUUGCCAAUUAUAGUAGUAAUACAGAAACACUCCAAAAGCUACUGUAAAAAAAAGCACUCCAAAAGCUCCAAGCUGUAAGAGUCGCAUCUUAGCACAAUCGGCACUUAGUUUGCAUGGAUAUUCUGCUUAGGUCCACAAAACAAAGAAGUCACUGUUUUGUAAGUUACGUGCAGGUUACAUUAACUGUGGUUUCCAAGGAUAAGACAUGUCAUGUGAGGUCAUCAAACUUGCAUAAACUAGGCCCAAGUGAAGCACCAUGCUGCUUGAGCUGUAUUUAUGCCCUUUAGAUUUGAUACCAUGCCAGUUUAACUUCAACAGUGUCUAAACCUUUACAGAUCUGAUAGCAUGUUGCUUUAACAGUAUGUACCUUUGAAUGCAUCUUAUGAGAGAUUAAUUACCCAGCAGACCCUCUUUUUAUGCAUAUGAAGUUAGAUGCUCAAACAAACUGCGCUUUACAACUAUUUGGCUUGAAAAUGGAUCCUGUGAAAUGUUUCUAAUUAAUUAAGAAGCCUGAAAUAUCACUUCAUGGGCUAGGCAUAGGCAAAAAUCAAUACAAUCAACUUGUUACCUAACUCAAUCAGUUACAAUAAAGAAUAACUCAAUAGUUUGUAGAAAACAGAUCAACAAACUGUCUUCCCUGUAUAUGAAUGUGUUGGGUUGUGUGUGUGUGUGUGUGGU